AUGGUCUGUGGUUCGAACCCGACCUCUGAAUCUCGACUUCCCCUGUCUAGGCUUGGGCCACCUGGCAGUAUUCCAGCCCUCGUGCAUCCUUUGAGUGGCAUGGCAGCUAGGCACCGCAAGGGUGUUACAGCUGAACGAGUAGAAGAGUCUCAAGUCCUGAUUUUGUCCAAUAAAGAGUACGGACCGCAAUACCUCAGUGUUAGCUCUGCUCCUGACAGACAAACUGACCUCACGCCAUUGAUGUUGCCUGUCUUGGGGUCCCCAUCCAGGAAGACGGCAAUGACCAGCGCAGCUGAGUUUACUGGUAAUGGCUUUUGUACUGCGCUGUCAAGUCAUUGCUUGACCGCCUCUGGCUCUAUUUCACCCUUCACGUGGUUGUGCGAAAAGAACCCUUCGAGGAAAUCGGUUGACUGGUAUACGCAGCACGUGGUCAAGCCAGCGCAAUCUAUGCGGUGUGAUCAGUUCAUCUGUCGAGGAUAUACAAAUCAUAUGGAGCUCUUCGCGGUUAUCAACACGCUUCAGUGCCUCGAGAUGGCCUAUAGUCAAGAUUAUGUCAAUUACGCAGACUAUGCAAAAGCAUGCAGUAAACUCCUGAACCAGUACAAAGUGCGAUUCAGACAGCUUGCCUCCGAAUUUCACACAGUGGAAGAGUUUGCCUCUCGUUACAAGAUGGUUUGUCCAGCUGCUUUGGAGCGCAUCAAGGAAGGUCGUCCAAUCACAAUGCAUGAUUCCACAGUCACACGGAAUAUGCAGUUUGUUGAGUUUGCCAUCACAAUAAUGGACAAACUCAGGUUGAACGUCGUUUCCGUGGAUGUUAUAACUCCUGAUCUACGAAACCUGUACGAUAUCCUAUGCAAAAUGAGUGUCAUUCCGGAUAACUACACCGGGAAGGAUAUGAUGCAAGGAUGGCUGAAGAAGCUCAGCGGCAUGCCAGCUGAUGCCAAUCUUACAGCGUCUGAUGUGCGGCAACUUCUGUGCGACAUCGAAGAGACAUAUCAUGACGUAUUCAAAUUCGUUAACCAGGAUAAUUAACUGUUUACAGAAUCCUUUGCAAAACGUCCAGUUCUGUUAUGUAACUUGACUUUUUUCCCAUACAGCAUUGCUCUUCUG